AUGCAUUCCCACACGCCGGUGGUGAAGAGCAGGACAAGCCCGUGCCGGGGCCGCCCGACGCCGCCGCCGCCGCAGCCGGCAGACCGCGGCAACAAGGCCGCGGCCAAGAAGCGCGGCAUGCAGAAGCUCCUCAAGUCGGCGUUCAAGCGCGGCGAGCACGCGCCGGGCGCGUCCUCCAGCUCCUCCGCCGCCGCGUCGGGAGCCCACGCGGGCGAGGAGGCCUGCUUAGCGGCGGCGCAGGACCUCAGCCGUUCCUCCUCGUCGUCUGCCGGCGGGAGCAGCGGGAGGAAGGGCCGUAGGGGCGGGGCCGGAGACGACGGCUCCGCCGACGGCGACCGCUCCAGCCACGAGAGCUUCGAGCUCGAAGGAUCCAAGAACGCCAAGGCGGCGGCAGCUCUGCGCAAUGCCAAGAUCGGCUCCUCCUACGAGGCGUUCCCGUGGGAGAGGAAGAUGACGGACCUGCUGCCGGUGCCCAACUCGAGCAGCUUCCUCUCCCUGCUGUUCCUGCCACGGGCGGCCGACGAGUCACAGACCAGGUACCUCUGCCUGGAGGACACGCUGGCCAGGGCGGACGCCUGGCUCAUGUCCUCCCAGACCUCUGGUGUCCCCAUUGUGCACAAGAACGUGCAGAUUGAGCCACUGCUUACAAAGAUAUCUGGAGACACAGCUUUGUCUACGGUGAACAUGGGAUCCCUAGGCGACCUUGCAAACGUGGCCACCAUGAGCCUCUAUGGAUUUGAGGACUACCACGGCGUGGACAUCGGCGUCGUCAGGGCGCUUCGCCUCUGGUAUGCUCCGGUGGCAGGGGAGCUGGCGCUAGAGAUCAAGCUGCAACCAGGUGACACUAGGCUAGGAUUCGCUAUAAGUCGCACAGAAGAGGGCUUCAUCUACGUCUCCUCUGUGGCCGACGAGAGCACGCCGGGGGUGGCGUCGACGCGCUCCGGCCUGCUGGAGCUCUACCGCCGCGCGCGCCGGGCCUCCAGGCUCCUCGUCGUCUCGCGUGUGGGGCGCGAGAAGGUGCUCCCUUGGGCUGUCUCGGCCACCGGCGACGUCCGGUGCGCCGACACCGUGUCGCUCAGCCAGCUGCUGUCGCUGCACCGCCACGCGCUGCGACCCGUCACUCUGGCCUUCCUCAUGUGGGAGGACCUCAGCGUCGCCGCGCUUCUCAGGAGCGCGGGCGCCAGCAGGCCAUCGGCGGCGGCGGUCAUGCUGCCCGCGCAGGCUGCGGCCGGCGACAACGACGAGGCGUCCUCCGACGAGAUCGCGUUCGAUGGCGACGGGCCGGAGAUCGUGCUCAGCAAGGACUCGGACGAUUGCUCCUUCAGGUUCCAGCACAUCGGCCUCCCGGACAGCUGGCUGUGAGCCCGUGAAGUGACUCGCCCGAUCCUCUUUGGA